CGGAUUCCUAUAGGAAUACCUAGUGAAUUUCUUCGAAGGUUGUUUGAGGCCUGUCUUGUGAGAACUAAGACUCUGCGUUAUUCUUUCGCUUCCAACUUUUCAUACAUUCAUGAUUCUCUCCAGGCCUCUUUCCCUAGGUUCCUAGCCGACUGAUUCCACUAAGCAUGAUCAAUAUGUCUUCUUCUCCGACAAUGGGUCACUUCUCCGACUCUCAGGGUUUACUUGGGGCGGACAAAGACAUGUCCUCAGGGAGAAACAGUGAAGACAUAGAAUCGUACAUCCAACCUCCAAAGAGAAGAUCACUAGGGGAUCAUUGUGGCCCAUGGAUUAUACAUCUCUUCCUCGCCUGCGUCUAUACAGGAAUUUUCUUUGCUAUUUGGGAUCAAACUAAGCCCGCGCCUGAUACAUGUGCGGCUAAGGCCAAAUACAGCGAUCCUAGUUCUCAAGCAUACACGCCAGCAUGGAAAGCCUUAAAAUGGGAGACAAAGAUGCUUGAUAACCAACUUGAAAACUCUAACCCCUAUAAGGGGCUACCCAGGCCAGAGUUUGAGAGAGCCUGGGAUGAAUUGCUUGAGCCAGCAGCCAUCAAGGUUGAUAAAGAUACUCUGGAGAGUAUAAACCACACUUCAGUCCCUCUACUUGACGGCUCUGGCUACAUGGCAGCGUUGGAUGUUUUUCACCAGCUUCAUUGCCUUAGAUGGGUACGCAAGUAUCUUCAUCCGGAGCACUACAAUAUCAAAGAGAAGAACUUCGGCCAGCACAUCGAUCACUGUCUGGAGAAUUUACGACAGUAUGUGAUGUGUAAUGCUGAUUUAUCAAUUAACACCUUCGAGUGGAUUCCAAACUUCCGCCGCCCUUGGCCAAAUUUCCAAGUUACCCAUGAGUGCGCAAAUUGGGACUCAAUCAAGCAAUGGGCUUGGGCAAAUAGUUUUGAUGGCUACGAUGACAACCUAAUCAAACAUCCAGACUUUCACCCCGAACUACCUGACCCUUUUGAUUACGACGCGGGUGGUAAUGAUGUAUAGGAGUUACGGCAGUGAUCUAGUAGAUAUGGAAUCAGGAGUUAGCAAGAUUACGAUGUAGAAUUAUCCUACUCGUAAAAUGAAAAAAACAUCACAAUAAUUGAAUUUUGACACAAUUCCCGAACUCUUAGGAUAACAUUGUGAGGGCACGCAAGUUAGCACUAUGACAUAUCAAACAUAACCGACCGCGAAUUCAUCGUACGUUCGGUCUCUAGCACCUCUCAUAGCUCC